AUGACGGAAAGUAGUGUUGCUCUGAUGCCACCAACAGCUGGAAACGUGCCUGAUUCCGCAGCCCAAUCUACCCUAAAGCCCAAUGGGGGCCCUGUUUGCAAAAACUGUCACACGCUGACAACGCCGCUUUGGCGUAGAAGUGAGCACGGUGCGGUUCUUUGUAACGCAUGCGGGCUGUUUCUCAAACUGCACGGUCGUCCUCGACCCAUCAGUCUCAAAACAGACGUGAUCAAGUCCAGAAAUCGUAAAAGUGCGCAUUCGGCUACCAACUCGACACCAACUAUGCUGCAUCAAUCGCCAGCUGAUAUACGCAAAAAAGAGACCAAAAAGCGUAAGGUUCAUGAUCCUCGCGAGAUAAACGCGGCAGAAACGCUGGAGACUAUUCUGCAGUUUGAAAAGAGGUCUCGCCAGAUGCCUAAAUUGCCAGAAUCACAGCCAGGCGACAGUACGCCGAACCACGGAGGCCCCGCAGCCGUCGGAAACAUGCAUGUCUGGCGCAAAAUAAUACCCGCAAAUCAAGCACUGUCUCCUUCACAACUUGGAGCAGCUGUUCCUCCGCCAAAGACGUCUACUCCAUCACAGGCCAGUGGGCCCUUGCCACAUUUAUCGAUUCUGCUGGAGUCCGUGAAAAGCGCUGAUGAUAAAUCUCAAUCACUGGCGCAGAAAAUACAGGAAAUACCGGCUUCGUCUCUAGACCCUGAGAUUUUGAAACACCAUAUGCAGGAGCAGCGGGGUCUGUCGUCGCCACCGCCGCAGCCGCAGCCGCAACCGCAGGUUUUGACUUCACCAAAGAAUUCUGGUAACGGCGGCAAACCUUCGCUAUCCAACAGGCCUUCUGGGGCUGUUUUACCAUCGGACUUGAGUCGUCCUCUUCCACCAACCGCUUUAGAGUGGCAAUUCGAAGAGCACGAUCGACAAGCGCUAGAUGGUGGUUAUCAGAACAUCGCGACACAGCGAGUCAACCCAAGUAGAUUGGCAGGUGAGGGCAAUCAAGUUCCACAGAUGCACAUGGCUUCAAUCAACGAGAUUCUGAAUAACCAAAAGCCCAAAAACGAGUCGCCAGGCCCUUACACUAACCCAUUGGACGCUAGAAGACCAGGCAGCAGCAACGCAUCAAGAGCACAGUCACCUGGUGCACAUAAUUUAUCUUUCAAUGGCCCUGUAUCCCAGGUGUUGCGUCAAGGUAACUCAGAAGAAAGGAACGCAUCCCAGCUUCAAUCGGGUUCUCAAACGUCUAAUUCACCUCCACCUAUUGACUCGCAGACAAGCUUCGCCAUGGGUGUUUCUACUAGCGCAGGCAGCCAUGCCAAUUUGAAAGCGAGAACCUCUAAUGAAUAUGAUGCCGAGCAACAACGCCAGCGUCUCGAACAUGAGGGCGCUCGCAUUAAUCAACACCGCGAAGAUGCAGGGAAAGUACAACAGCGCAAUGGUAUCGGACACAGCGUCAACGCGGAUAUGCAUAUCAGCUCGUCGCGUGGAAGCCGACAAAACUCCGAUGAGGCAGCAAUUCCCUCAAGCGCUUCUCUUAUUAGUCUGCUGCAAGGUCAGGAAGAGGUGAUUAAGCUUAAGACACGAAUUAGUGAACUCGAACUGGUCACUGAUUUGUACAAGAGGCACAUUUUAGAGCUCGAUGCCAAGUGUCGAGGCUUUGAGGAAAGACUGGAAGAUUGUGAGAAAUGA